AUCCUUAUGCCAUUGUCUCCUUCCUUCACCAAAGCCAGAAGACGGUGGUGAUCAAGAACACCUUAAACCCCACCUGGGACCAGACACUCAUCUUCUAUGAGAUAGAGAUCUUUGGGGACCCCCAGAACGUGUCUGAUUCCCCUCCCAACAUCGUGGUGGAAAUAUAUGACCAUGACACCUACGGUGCGGAUGAGUUCAUGGGGCGCUGCAUUUGCAAGCCCAGCCUGGUGUGCUCGCCGCGACUCUCCUGGCACCCCGUCAUCAAGGCGAACAGGAACGUCGGGGAGCUGCUGGCUGCCUUCGAACUGAUUCAGAGGGAGAAGCCGGCUGUCCAUCACAUCCCUGGCUUCGAGGUAAUCGAGCUGUCCUCCAGCCUGGAUGAGUCUGCGGACUCUGACCUGCCAUACCCCCCGCCCCAGCGGGAACCCAACAUUUACAUGGUCCCCCAAGGAAUCAAGCCAGUCCUGCAGCGCACGGCCAUUGAGAUCCUGGCCUGGGGGCUGAGGAACCUCAAGAGCUACCAGUUGGCCAGCGUCACCUCGCCCAGUCUGCUGGUGGAGUGCGGAGGCCAGCUUGUGCAGUCCUGUGUCAUCAAGAACGUCAAGAAGAACCCCAACUUUGAUGUCUGCGUGCUCUUCAUGGAAGUGCGUUUACCCAAGGAGAGCCUGUACAGCCCCCCCAUCAUCGUCAAAAUCAUCGACAACAGGCCAUUCGGCCGAAGACCCGUGGUGGGGCAGUGCACCAUCCGCUCGCUGGAGGACUUCUACUGUGACCCCUACCAAGAGGAGACGGGUGGUCCCCAGGAGCACUCAGAUGAUGUGAGCCUCACGCCCAGGGAUGACGUCCUAAUUGACAUCGAUGACAAAGAACCUCUUAUUCCUGUCCAGGAGGAAGAAUUCAUUGACUGGUGGAGUAAAUUCUAUGCUUCCACAGGAGAGAGGGAAAAAUGUGGCUGCUAUUUAGAGAAGGGCUUUGACACCCUGAAGGUCUAUGAGACGGAGCUGGAGAACGUGGAGGACUUCGAGCAUCUCUCCGAUUUCUGCCACACCUUCAAGCUGUAUCGUGGCCGGUCGCAGGACUCGAAUGAUGACCCCUCCGUCGUGGGGGAGUUCAAGGGUUCGUUCAAAAUUUACCCUCUCCCGGAUGACCCACGAGUCCCAAUGCCACCUCGGCAGUUCCAUCAGCUGCCGGCCAGAGGACCCCAGGAGUGUCUCGUCAGGGUCUACAUCAUCCGGGCCUUUGACCUCCAACCCAAGGAUGCCAAUGGAAAGUGCGAUCCCUAUGUGAAGAUUUCCGUGGGAAAGAAAUCCAUAAAUGACCAAGAAAAUUACCUUCCCUGUACGCUGGAGCCUGUCUUUGGAAAGAUGUUCGAGCUGAGCUGCACUCUGCCCCUGGAGAAGGACUUGAAGAUCACGCUCUACGACUACGACCUCCUGUCGAAGGAUGAGAAGAUUGGGGAGACUGUCAUAGACCUGGAGAACCGGUUCCUAUCAAAAUACGGGGCGCGCUGUGGCCUCCCCCAAACCUACUGCGUCUCUGGACCCAACCAGUGGCGAGACCAACUCCGUCCUUCCCAGCUGCUUCACCUCUUCUCCCUGCAGCACCACUACAAGGCUCCCACCUACAAGUCUGACCGGAUCAUCUUCAGGGAGCACGAGUACAUCCUCUCUGAGCUGGAGGACGGCAAACCCCUCAACCCUCACCUGGGGCCGGUGGAGGAGCGUCUCGCCCUGUAUGCCCUGCGGAAACAAGGGCUGGUGCCGGAGCAUGUGGAGACGAGACCUCUUUACAGCCCUCUCCAGCCAGAAAUCGAGCAGGGAAAGUUGCAGAUGUGGGUGGACCUGUUUCCGAAAUCUCUGGGUCAGCCUGGCCCCCCUUUCAACAUCACGCCACGCAAAGCCAAGCGGUUCUUCUUGCGCUGCAUCAUCUGGAACACCAAGGAUGUCAUCCUUGAUGACCUCAGCAUCACCGGGGAGAAGAUGAGUGACAUCUACGUCAAAGGCUGGCUGGUUGGUCACGAGGAGAACAAGCAGAAGACAGAUGUGCACUACAGGUCUAUGGGAGGAGAGGGCAACUUCAACUGGAGAUUCAUCUUCCCCUUUCACUAUCUCCCUGCUGAGCAAAUGUGCUACGUCGCAAAAAAGGAGCACUUCUGGAGCUUGGACAAGACAGAAAACAAGAUUCCACCACAGCUGAUCUUCCAGAUCUGGGACAAUGACAAGUUCUCUUUUGAUGACUAUUUGGGCUCCAUUCAGAUGGAUCUCAACAGGAUGCCCAAACCUGCCAAGACCGCUGAGAAGUGCUCCUUAGAGCUAGUAGAUGAGACCUUGUCUUCAAGUCGCUUUGUGUCACUCUUUGAGCAGAAAACCGUCAAGGGAUGGUGGCCCUGUGUUGCUGAGCAGGAUCAAAAGAAGAUCCUGACGGGCAAAUUGGAAAUGACUUUGGAAAUUGUGGCAGAACAAGAGCAUGAAGAGCGACCAGCUGGUAUGGGUCGGGAUGAACCAAAUAUGAACCCCAAGCUGGAGGACCCCAAGCGCCCGGAAACCUCCUUCCUAUGGUUCACCUCCCCGUACAAGACCCUGAAGUACAUCUUGUGGCGGCGAUACAAGUGGGUGGUUAUCCUGGCCAUCGUGUUCUUCGUUUUGCUGCUCUUCCUGGGGAUCUUCAUCUAUGCCUUCCCGAACUACGCUGCUAUGAAACUGGUGAAACCUUUCAACUGA